AUGUCUUGCCUCGCUAGAUCUGCCGGCCGGUCCGGAGGGAGUGGAUCCGUCCGAGUGUCCGCCGGAGGAAGCAGUUUCAGCAGCGGAAGCCGUUGCGGCAUCGGGGGAGGCUCGGCCUACGGGGCCGGAGGAGCCGGCAGCUGUAGGAUGGGUGGGGGAGCAGGUGGCGGAUUCGGAGGAAGCUUCGGCGGUGGAUGCGGGAGCUCGGUCGUAGGAGGUUACGGAGGUGCUGGGGCAGGAUUCGGCGGAGGUUACGGCGCUGGAGCCAGUGGAGGAUUUCAUAUGUAUGGCGGUGGUGUCGGUGGCGGUGCCGGUGGUGGUUUCGGCGGCGGUACUGGUUUCGGUGGCGGUGCUGGUUUUGGUGGUGGUCUUGGGGAUGGCGGCCUUUUCUCUGGAGGCGAAAAGCAAACCAUGCAGAACCUCAACGACCGCCUGGCGAGCUACCUGGACAAGGUGCGAGCUCUGGAGGAGGCCAAUACCGACCUGGAGGUCAAAAUCAAGGAGUGGUACGAGAAAUUCGGCCCCAGAUCCAGGGAUCCUGGAUCUGGCCGUGACUACAGCAAGUAUUACCCCAUCAUCGAUGAUCUGCGGAAGAAGAUCAUCGCAGCAACUAUUGACAAUGCCAGCAUCGUCUCCCCGAUUGACAAUGCCAGGCUGGCUGCUGAGGACUUCAGGCUGAAGUAUGAGAAUGAGGCAUAUCUUCGCCACUCGGUCGAGGCUGAUAUCAAUGGCCUGCAUAAGGUUCUGGAUGAUCUGAAACUGAGCACAUCUGACCUGAAGAUGCAGUUCGAAAGCCUUACUGAAGAGCUGGCCUUCCUCAAGAAGAACCACGAAGAGGAAAUGAAGGGCAUGCAGGGAACCACGGCUGGGGACGUGACCGUGGAGAUGAACGCCGCUCCGGGAACCGACCUGACCAAGAUGCUCAACGACAUGCGUGCCCAAUACGAAGCUCUCGCUGAGCAGAAUCGCAAAGAAGCCGAAGACCAGUUCAAUAAGCAGAGCGCUUCGCUGCACGCCCAGAUCUCCACGGAUGCCGGGGCAACCAGCUCGGCCAAGAAUGAGAUAACGGAACUGAAACGCACCCUCCAGGGCCUACAGAUUGAACUCCAGUCCCUCCUGUCCAUGCAAAGCUCCCUGGAGAGCACCUUGGCGGACACAGAAUCCAGCUACGUUAUGCAGCUCUCCCAGAUUCAGCAGCAGAUCAGCAGUCUGGAGGAGCAGAUCUGCCAGAUCCGAGGCGAGACCGAAUGCCAGAACUCUGAGUACGAACAGCUCCUGGACAUCAAGACCCGCCUGGAGAAGGAGAUCGAGACCUACCGCCGCCUUCUCGAUGGAGAGGCAGGUGGCUCUGGGGGCGUAGCUUCUGGCAUGGGUAUGACCUCAGUCACAGGCUCGAGGAGUUCUGGAGGUGUGGACGUACGACGGGGAAGCAGCACAGUACAAUUAAGAGAGAAGUAAAACCAGCAUAAUCAGGGCAAGGAUGGGAGAAUUAACGGC